CGUUUGAGCAGAAAAUGACAAUGUCGCCCUUCUCCCUUUUCCUCUCUCUAUCGCUUCGUUUGCCGGUUGUGUGUUUAUAAACGAGUUUUGCAUUAAAUUUUACAACAGCAGCAACAAUGGCAUCACACGCACACAAAAUGGAGACAUCAACGUGUCCAUAUCUCGGUGUGUGUUUGUGUGUGUUUGAGACAGGUGAACGAACGUACCCAUUGCCAUCUUGGCCAUGACAGUUCCAGCUCCCUUCUCUCCAUUUCAACUUUUCCUUCCACUUCGUUGCGCUGAUUUGUCAGGAUAUAAACUGGGGAUAUAUAAAUGUUAUGACUUAAUAGCGGCUGGAGAACGAAAUCAUCAUUUUAGCGACUCCAAGUUACUUUUCCAAGCUUUCCAUGGGAUUUGCAAAGUGUGUCAUGUCAGUCAAGUGGCCAAAUCAACAGAUUGGCAUCCCUCAUAUGGCAUGUGUACGUAUAAGUGAUAUGUGGGUAGAUGUGUAUGUAAAACUGAAUGGCACCUGGGCAACAAUCUUCCAUCUCUUCCAUCACUUGCAUCAAUCGAAAGCAAUAUAGACAGGUAGUGCAGGUAAGAAAAUCGUGGAGCAAUACUGUAAUGGGUAUAAGUAUACACAAAAGGCGAGCUUACAAGUUGAUAUAUAUCUAAAACCACACACUCAUGAUCGAAAUGGACUUGGAACUGGAAAAUAAGGCCACUGGAAAUGGAGCCUAUUGAACACCGAAAGGAAAUCGAGGGAAAUUCAACUUGGCUGACAAUUGAACUGGCUUAAUUCACUGACUGCAGUCUCGAACAAUUGGCCAGUGGAAAUUGACUUUGCGAACCCUCGGCAAUGCAUCAAAAAAAAAAGAAGGGAAUCCCACCAUCUCAGUCAGCACCUCCGACCUUUGGCUCUGGGCAUUUGGCUCUCAGUUUUUCUGGCUUUCAAGCCUCGUCCUGUUUUUCCUUUCUCUUUUUUUCCCUCCUCACGGUGUUUUUUUUCUUUUUUUUUUUUUGGUUUGGAAUGGCAGCAACUGAGGGACUGCGGCAGUUUUGGCAUUUGCCAGCAGUCCACACGCACACACACACACACACACACACAAACAGACGACAGCUGUGUGUGUCAUGUCCAGAGCCAUAAAUCAUUUAUUUGAAAAUUGCUAUUGUAUUGCGGUUUAAUAGCAUGUGAUCAUCAUCAUCAGCAGCAGCCACACGAGCGCCACCUUGUGGACAGUGGCGCACACUACAUACGUGUCGUAUUCAUAGCCAACUUGCAUCGUUACAUUUAAUAUCCCCCCCCCUCCCAGAAAUCGGAGAAGGGUCUGAGGUACACGGAAAGGUCAGAAGUAUGAAAAUGCUGGCCUGCAUGGCCCAUCAUGCCCAUUAAUUAUAAUGCCGCAGCGGCGACUGUCGAGGGGUCUCAGCAGACUUCCGUUAGGCCCAGGAACACGCCCACUUACGCCCACUUACGCCCUGUGCCCCCAAAAAGCAACACCACUACCCACCCACCCACUCAGAGAAACAUAUGCCGCACGUUCGGUGCCUUUGUCGCCUUUUUGUGUCGUGUUGUGGCAGUGAUUUUCCUGGCUCGAUUUUUCCACCGGGGUAACGAGGUCAUUUGGCAAUAUACCAACACAAACAAAAAUUAUGUUAUUGGUCAAUGUAUUUAUGAGUACGCCAGGCUCUGGCCCCUAAAAACACAACUUUCCGUUAUACGGACACCGGACUACGGACAACGGACACCGCACACAGGACUCCAAAGGUAUACAUAUAUGUAUGUACGUAUGUACAUAUGUAUGUAUGCAUGCCGCUCUGCGAAAAUUGCACGAAAAUUGGAAAUUUAUUGCCAAGCCCACACAAACACAUAAAAGCACAGGCAAAGACACACAAGCACACUCACACACACAAGCACACUCACACACACUCACACACACGCACAAACACACACACACACACACACAAGAUAACGAGUGAAAGAGGGGAGCAACCAACAUGCGCUAAUGACAUUGUGCUGUGGUUUGUCGCCCCUUUUCUUCCGCGCCCCGCCCCCAAAAGCGCCCCUCAUUUUGCUCCAUGAGAGCGAUUUCGAUUGGAUUCCUUUCCGUUCCAUCUGCAACACUGAUGAAAACCACAAAUUCUGAUCCAGAUUCCAUCAGUGCGGCCGUCCACAUUCCGAAUUAUUGCGUCUUGCAUCAGACGAACGAAAGUUUCGUAAUAAUUUGCAUUGGAUAUUUCUGUAUUACUGUAUACGAUAAAUAGGUUAUUGCUUCUCCUCCUCAAUUAAAUCGACUUCCUUUUGGAAAUUGCUUUUGUUAUCGAAUAACUUGAGCUCUGAGAAAUGCCCAAACAAUUAUGAGAAACAUAUAUGCUGUAUACAACAUGUUUCAUUUGACUUUGCCUGCCAACGAAUCAAUAAAAUUAGCUAAUAGAUAACGAAAGAAACUUUUAUACCGAGUAUAUGCUGGGUAUGGAAUUGUCGUAUGCUUUUUGUGUUUGUGUUGAAUAGCCUGACGAAUUUCCAAUUAGGCACACACCUGUUUUUCAACUCGCUUGAAAAACCUAAGCAAAGUAAAGUCAGUCUUCGAAAUCAUGCACUUGAGCUACCUGCCAAUACUCACCGCCCUGUUUUUCCACCCACAAGCCGACGGCAGCGCUGUCAGUCGCCUCCCACAGUGGGUGGUACCGCUUCACUAUAGCGUUGAUAUCGUGACGCGUAUCAAUCAACCCUAUCAACCAUUCGGCGGCACUGUGGUUAUUGAUCUACGGUCGGAGAGAUCCACCAAUAAAAUAGUGCUAAAUGCCCACGAUUUGGCUAUUGGCAAGCAAAGGGCGGUGACCCUGUCCAUCAAGGAUGGCAACUCGGUGCCGAUUAGCAGCAUAAAGAUGGACAUUAAACUUAGUCGGCUGACGGUGUACGUGAAGAGAUCUCUGCAGAUCAACAUCACGUACUCAUUGCGGGUGGCAUUUACUAGUGUUUUGAGAGGUGACAACACGGGUUUCUAUAGCAGCAACUAUGUGGAUCAUAAUACCACUUUAACCCAAUGGCUGGCGGCCACCCAAUUCGAACCGAACCACGCCCGCGAGGCAUUCCCCUGCUUCGAUGAUCCCAUAUUCCGGACACCCUUCAAGAUCAAUCUGGCCCAUCCGCAUAUGUAUCGCGCUCUGUCCAACAUGCCCGUCCAGCGGACCAUUCGCCACGCCAACCUGAAGGACUUUGUGUGGACGCAGUUCGUCGAGAGCCAUCCAAUGCAGACGUACCUGGUGGCCUUCGUGAUCGGCAAGUUCGACAGGCCGGGCUUCACCUCCAGCGAGCGACCGGAUUGUCCCAUUAGCACGUGGGCUCGUCCGGAUGCACUGUCGCAAACGAAGUUCGCCAACAUGGUGGUGGCACCGUUGCUCUCCUUCUACGAGGAGCUCUUCAACAGUACCUAUCGGCCGAAGAAGAUCGAUUUGGUGGCACUGCCCGAUUACGCCUUUAAGUCGAAGGAGAGCUGGGGCAUGCCCACCUUCACGGAGGAAUCCCUAUUGUACGAUAGCCAGCGGAGUUCCAUGGACGAUCAACAGGGCGUGGCACGGGCGGUGGCCAUGAUGGUGGUGAAUCAGUGGUUUGGCAACCUGGUCUCCAUACCCUGGUGGCAUGAGAUCUGGCUGAAGAACGCCUUUGCGCUGUAUCUCUCGCGUUUUGGUGUGCACACACUGCGUCCGGAGUGGGAUUACCAGGAGCGGCACGCCCUGAAGCUAUACCUCUCCGUCCUCGACUACGAUGCCCAUGUGAACACGGAUCUGGUGACGGCAUCCGUGCCCGAUGAGAGCCAAAUUUGGGCGGCGUACAAUGAGAUUGGGGAGCGCAAGGCGGCCGUGCUCUUCGAGAUGCUGCACCGCGUCAUGGGCGAAGGGGCGUGGCUGACGGCAUUGCGUCGCUAUCUGGUGAUCUAUGCCAAUCGCACCGCCACAUCCGCCGACUUUUGGAACCUAUUGCAACUGCAGGUGGAUCGCAAUGGACGCCUGGGCAAGGGCCUGAAUAUCACGAGGAUCAUGAAUUGCUGGCUAGGGCAACCGGGUUAUCCACUGCUCACCGUCACCCGGAACUACGAGCAUCGUACGGCUGUCGUGAGUCAACAGCGUUUCUUCAUCACUCCGCAGUUCCGGAACCGCUGGUCAAUGCAUCCCUGCUGGUGGGUUCCGCUCAGCUAUACGUGCCCCAGUUGCCAAAACUCGGAUAGCAGCUCCUCCAUCAGCCGCUGGCUCACCUGUCCGAUCUCUAAGGCUUCGGGUAGAUCCAGUAGCGUUCUACUGGACAGACUGGAGUCGGGGCCCAACGACUGGAUACUGAUCAACGUGCAACACUCGGCUCCAGUUCGCGUGAACUAUGACCCCUACAACUGGCAGCUGCUGAACAAAACGCUCGCUGAUCCCAUAAAGUUUCGCCUCAUCCAUCGUGUUAACCGCGCCCAGCUGGUCGACGAUCUAUUUAGUUUGGCCUGGAGCGGCGAUAUCGAGUAUGACAUGGCCCUGGGCAUACUCGGCUAUCUGGAGCACGAGGACGAAUUCGUGGUCUGGGCAGCCACCGAGACCAACUUCGAGCGCAUCAACAACGUGGCCAAGAGGAGCCCAAACUAUCUGAUCUAUAAGACCUUCAUGCGUCACCUGCUGGAGCAGCAGUUCAAGCGGUUGCUAUCCUCGGACAUGACCAGCUCCUUGGGGAACAUGACCCAUCGCGCCGUCAUCAUCAGGCUGGCCUGCGAGUACGAGCUGCCCGCCUGUGUGAGUCUCGCUCGUCGGGAAUUCAUGAGGGGAACGCCGACGGUGGACGGAUGGAUGACCAUCCGCGAGCGGGAAACGGUCGUCUGCACGGCGGUCAAGUUUGGCACGGAAGGCGACCGUGAUACCGUGGAAUCGAUGUACAAGCGCUCCAACUUUGCCGCCGAGAAGGAAUCGCUAUUGACCGCUUUGGCCUGUUCGCGGAAUGUCUUCGCCCUGCAAAAGGUCCUCAUAUGGACAUUUGAGAGCUCGGGUGUGCGAAAGCAAAACGCCAGGCGAACCUUCAAGGCUGUGGUCUCCAACUCCAUGGGCUAUCGCUUGGCCAAGAAGUACGUGUCCGCCAACAUGCAAAGCAUACGCAACUUUUGUAGCAACUCCACCGACAAGGUUGUUAAUCUCAUGAGACCGCUGAUCGAAUGCAUGUCCACUCCGAAGGAUAUGCUCUUCUUUAGCAAGUUCUUCAAGGAGAUCCUGCGCGACAUGAACGGCAGUGACCGGCUCAUCAAGAUCCUGCUGGAACGGGGCAACGAUAACAUCCACUGGCGGCGCACCAAGUUCAGCCCCAUGUUGCAGGCCAUUCGGGACAUAAUCCUUUGGCGAAGUCGGUCCAAUUCGAAAAACAUAUAAAAGGGCAUUGAUUGCAAUAGAAACACAAUUAAUGGUCCAAAUGUUAAAUGUCGUAAUUCGAUAAUCAGGCAAGACUUGUAAGUAACAGACAUUCUAUUGUCUGUUUCAAUGAAUGCAUUUUUAAAAAUCAGCAGGGCAGUAAACUCUGUUUAAUAGCUGCACAAAACAGUUUAUUUUUUUAGGUGUGCCAUCUUUUUUGACCAAGUUAUAAAGAGAAAACCGCGAAUGGAAAUAUCAUAUUUUUGACAAAA